AUGUCCUCUUCACCAGUGAUCAUCCUCACGGGGGCUUCUCGAGGACUCGGUCUGGCUGUCCUUCGAAUAUUAUUGACCAAAUACAAUGCGAGAGUGACCACUGUUUCUCGAACACUUUCACCAGAAUUGACAAAUACGGUGAAAGAAUUCGGUGAAGAUAGGGUAUUACCUGUGCAAGGUGAUGUGGGUAAAAGUGACGAUAACGUUGGGGUAGUAAAUAAGACCAUUGAGAAAUGGGGGCAAAUCGAUGGAUUGAUCUUAAAUGCAGGUACUAUUGAACCGUGUAAACUCGAUUCUGUCAAAACAGAAGAUUUGAUACCAUAUAUACAAACUAAUUUGCUAUCAACUAUAUAUCUUGUUCAACCUUCACUUCCACAUCUACGACAAACAAAAGGAAAAGUAGUAUUGGUCUCAUCUGGAGCGAGCACAUCAGGAUAUCAAGCUUGGGGAUUAUAUUCAAUGGCCAAAGCUGGUAUGAACAGUCUUGCAAGGACUUUAGCUGCUGAAGAGAAAGUCAAUGGUGUAGGAGUAUUUGCAAUUAGACCUGGAAUGGUUGAUAUGCAAGGUUUACUUCGAACUAACGGUCCAGGAACUAUGCACCCUGACGAAAUGGUUAAAUUCCAAAACGCGUAUGAGAAAGGUGAAUUACUGAAACCUGAGCAACCUGGAGCCAUCAUUGCUGGUCUAGCAAUCUCGGGACCAAUUGAAAUUAGUGGAGAAUACAUUAACUGGGCUGAUGAGAGGUUAGAAGCUUAUAGACAAUAG